ACUUGGGACGCGAAAAAGUAACCUAAAAGGAAUACUUAGGGAAGCGAAAAAGGAUAUAGUUGCUCCAGAGCUGAGGUACAUGAAAUUUUAGAAGGAAAUUGGUAACGCGCCUCAGUCUGGGAGGAAUGUUUUGAAGUCACCAAAUUUUUUAGUUGAGUGGUAGCAGCAGCCAUGGCUUCUGUAACCUCAGCAGGGGCCAUCGCCGCUGCUUCCAUGGCAAUGGUAGCAGCAUUGAUUUCAGGCCUUUUAGUGUAUAAAAAGUGUUUUUCUCUCUCUCUGAGAAAACCCCAAGAAAUCUUUUGCAGAGAUAUGACGGUUGAUGGGUUGAUUGGGGCCAUUGGAAACACCCCUCUCAUCUUAAUCAAGAGCCUCUCUGAAGCCACUGGUUGUAAGAUUCUCGCAAAAGCAGAGUUUUUGAACCCCGGAGGUAGUGUGAAGGAUAGGGUGGCAGUGAAGAUCAUCGAGGAGGCUUUGGAGUCUGGGGACCUUGUCAAAGGUGGUAUUGUGUUUGAGGGAAGUGCUGGGAGUACUGCUAUAAGCCUUGCUAUGGUGGCUCCCGCUUAUGGGUGUAAAUGCCAUGUGGUUAUACCAGAUGAUGUUGCUAUUGAAAAGUUGCAAAUACUUGAAUCUCUUGGAGCCACUGUAGAAAGAGUGAGACCUGUUUCAAUAACACACAAGGACCACUUUGUUAAUGUUGCGAGGCGAAGAGCCUCAGAAGCAACCAAGUUCUCUCAAGGAAAACAUGACAAAGAAGCAAAGAAAACAAGAGCUAUUGACUCUCUACCAAAUGGUCAUGUGAGCCCUGAUAUUAGCCCUGCUUUUGUGUUCCCAAAUGAUUGCAAAGGAGGUUUCUUUGCUGACCAAUUUGAAAACCUUGCCAAUUUUCGUGCUCACUAUGAAGGCACUGGUCCUGAGAUUUGGGCCCAAACAGGAGAAAAUUUGGACGCUUUUGUGGCAGCUGCUGGUACAGGGGGCACACUUGCUGGUAUCUCCCGAUUCCUUCAGGUUUGUAUUGCUGGUAUCUCCCGAUUCCUUCAGGAAAAGAAGAAUGAUAUCAAGUGCUUCCUUAUAGACCCACCUGGUUCAGGCUUGUACAACAAGGUGACCAGGGGAGUAAUGUAUACAAGAGAGGAGGCAGAGGGCCGGAGGUUGAAGAACCCUUUUGAUACCGUAACCGAAGGGAUCGGCAUAAACAGGCUUACAAAGAACUUCAUGAUGGCAAGGCUGGAUGGAGCAUUUAGGGGCACAGACAUGGAGGCCGUGGAAAUGUCCAGGUUCUUACUGAAGAACGGUGGGCUGUUUGUUGGGAGUUCAUCAGCCAUGAAUUGUGUUGGAGCAGUUAGGGUGGCACAGUUACUUGGGCCAGGCCAUACAAUCGUGACGAUUCUUUGUGACAGUGGUAUGAGGCAUCUGAGUAAAUUCUUUAAUCCCCAGUAUUUAUCCGAUCGUGGCUUGACACCCUCGGCAACUGGAUUAGAAUUCUUGGAUGUAAGAUGAUUAAUGGUGGUUUACCUCAAUUAAUUUUCAUUCCAUUAUUUGUUGAA